ACUCCCAUCAUCCCUAGCUAUCGAUUGCCUUGGGGUGGCGAAGGGAGCAAGCAUGGCGGCGGGAGCAUUUUUGAAAGCGCUCUCGGGACUCAACUGUCCAAGGCUUCUGCCAGUUUUGGCAUCUAGGUUGUCUAACCGCGGCUAUGUCAACGGCCAACUGUACUCGACUGCAGCAGUUGCUCAGACGAUGACCAGCAGUGACAGCCUCUCUGGAAACAACAAGGUCCUCACCGAACCGUUAAAGCACCCCGAUUUCUUCCAUUUAUCAGAACUCUUUUCCCUGAAGGAUUUAUUUGAAGCCAGGGUUCAUCUUGGUCACAAAAAGGGCUGCAGACAUAGGCUAAUGGAACCUUAUCUGUUUGGCUGUCGGCUGGAACAAGACAUUAUUGAUUUGGAUCAGACAAUGGAACUCCUUCAGCAAGCGCUUAACUUCACUGCUCACGUGGCGUACCGUGGUGGAGUAAUCCUUUUUGUCAGUCGACGGAGGCAGUUUUGCCACCUUGUGGAGUGCACAGCGCAGGACUGCGGGGAGUACGCCCACACCCGCUAUUGGCGAGGUGGCCUGCUCACCAAUGCCCCAAUCCAGUAUGGCCCAGGGGUGCGUCUCCCUGACCUCAUCAUCUUCCUCUCCACCCUAAACAAUGUCUUUCAGCAGCAUGUAGCCAUCCGGGAUGCAGCAAAAAUGAACAUUCCCACUGUGGGUGUGGUCGACUCCAACUGCAACCCCAGCCUGGUGACCUUCCCCAUCCCUGGAAAUGAUGAUUCUCCAUCUUCAGUUGAGCUCUACUGUAAGCUCUUCAAGAUGACCAUCAACCGGGCCAAGGACAAACGGAAGCAAAUGAAUUUGCUGUAUGGCGUCAAAGGCUCAAGCUCCUGAAGAGCAAUGGACUACUUUGCAGAGCUCAAAUUUAUGUACAGUUAUCUUGUACUCAAUAUCAGGAGAGCCUUGUUCUAUAUUCAGUAUCUCAGAUGGAAAGCAGGUCCCAGGUGAUCUUAAACCUUAUCCACAACAACACCUAUUGCAGAUAUUGUAAGUCCAACAUGUCUGUAUCCAGUUCCUUUGUUUCCUAUACUAUAUGUAAAUACAUUGCAGUUAUUAAAUGCUGAAAUGUGACUGAGUUUGAUUGACCUGCAGUGGACUGACAUCCCAUCCAGGGUGUACCCUACCUUCCACCCUAUGCUUCCUCAGUUAGACUUCCUCGAUGACUCUUAAGUGAAUAAGUGGAUACUGAAACUGGAUGGAUGUGGGGAAACCAUGUACCUUGAUUUAUUUGCUAGCUAGGGUAAAAUCUUGGCUAUAGCUGUAAUAAAGGACAAAUUAUUUUGCAUGACAGUUUAUUAUUUUUACAACUUCUAGUUAUAUAAAGAUUGAUUAAAGUAUGCCUCUUAUUGGCAAUAGAAUCCCCACUGCUCAUUCAAAGACAAGUGCUAAACAUUGUGGAAAUAAAUUGAACUGAAGCAGCUUUACAGUCAUAUGAUAUUCUGGGCAUAGCAGUUAAACUGGUCAUUUUCAUUCUACUACAAAGAUAACUUUUUAGAAACUGGUAAUUAAAUAAAACGCAACUAAAAGAAUCAUGAAGAAAUGUUAAUAUCUUGUAAACGUUGUGAUUUGAUAGUGUGCCAGUCUGCAGCGCAUCGAUUGAAAAUGACGUAUGGUACAGUUUGUCCAUCCGAGAUUCCGUACUUCCCUUCAGUAUAUAUACUAAUGCGACAAAAGAGCCGUCCUUUUUGUGUGCUUGGCUCGGGAAGAGGUGAGUGUGUUGACCCGUGACAUGGGGCUGGCUUUCGUGACGAAGCGAAAAUAGGGGUAUUUCGAACACAAAGAAAGUGGGUAAAACAAACUUUCACGUUUACAGACGCGUUCUGGUUUUUCGUUCUUUUAGAAUAUCUAAGCGAUUCUAACUAAGUUCAUAACAGUCGCGAGUCGGAAACGAGAUUCAGGGUCGCACGCACGUCACAGUUGUCGACAUUUAUGUACAUAUGCUUAAUUUUGCCAGAGAAAGCACAACUGGUUAUUUUAUACGGACUUGUUUUGUGCAUGUAUCGUGUCGGAGCAACCUGAAGAAAAAAUAAUUCUCUCACUUAAGCGCAGGGAGAUUUAGAUUGGUCCGAAGGCGAGCUGAGGCAAUGUGGUAGUACUGCCACUAGAGGCGUUGCAGGGCGGCUCCACGUGUCGUCCCUGUGUCAUUAGCUGGCAGAGAGCAAAGAAGGACUAUGUCUGCUCUUGGUUCCCAAGAUGAGUGGGCACUUGGAAUGAUUGAUAGUCCCACACUGAGACUGAGGAGGGAAAAGGUGACAUUUUAGGAUUUUGGACUAAUUUCAGGAGGAUUUAAACUGCUGUCUUUGUUGUUCAGGGGUGGAGGUGACGGCUGCAGAACAGAAGGAGGGAUUUUCAUUUUGUGGUACGUUUUGACAAGUGCACGUAAGUACGCCGUGAUCUGCAGUCAGCCGCACUGAUUGGUGACGUUUUACUACGGUGGGUUUUCAUUUAAAUAAAGUCAGAUUUUGCCCUUUGAGACGUAACCCCGGCUCAGAUGCAACCGUUGUGCCAUAAGAGGGCAAACAGAAACGGGCUAUAAAUGGUCUGGUUGUCCUGCAGUGGACUUCAGAGGUGGUGUGUGGCCAAAUAGGGUCCAAUCUGUCAUUCCUGUCUCUUAACACGUUUAAGUAUAACUGGGUGGAGCAGUUCAGUUUGCUCAUUUCAGUCUCACUGGAUGUUAUAGCCCUUCGUGUUAUAUUCCUUUCUGAUGUGAUAUUCUUCCCUUCAGCCAUUGGACCCAAGGGACAGUGGCUUAUGCACACUUAUUAUUUUCAUCUGCACAAAAUAGAAAAGGUAAGUUCAAUGCUGCAAUAAUGAUUUGAUUGCCACUCAGUCUUACAGUGCCAUUGCUGUUGCAUCUGUGUCUGUCUGUGGCAAACAGCAAAGGGCUCUAACUACGCUCAGUUCCCAGAAUACAGUGGGGGGCUCAGAAUGACUUGUAGCCCUAUAGGGUGUUAUGUGGAUAACAUUCUUUGCUGUGUAAAUAACAGUGGUUAGGUUUUGUGUGGGUAAAACUUGAUUGAUGCAUUGACCUGUGAUCUGCUAGAGGCACUUCAUUUUGCUUUAAUAAGAAUCUUAAUCUUAAUGAUAGCAAAGGGCUGCAUUUGGGUUGAUGGAUAUGAAGUAAUGAACACUGCAGGUUUCCAUUGACUUUAGUUUCCUGGAAAUCCUGUAUUCAUUCAGGUCUUUCCAACAGAUAGAUAAGUUUGAAUGGGCUCUUUCCUGCCUUGAAGUCAAGACGACAAGGGUUUCUAGG